UAAGCCGGUUCCCAGGCCGGGCAGAGACUAACGCUGGUGUCUCUUAGCGGGAGGAUUGGGAGCUGGUCUUCUUCUGAGUGCUGGCGCCGCCUCCCAGACUUCAUUACGCUGCAACACCCGGCUCGGGUAAUAUUUCUCUCCGGCAGAGGUGGCUGUCUGGAUUUGGCCAGGAGGCUGCAGUUUGCUGACUCCUUCUCUGGACUCUUACUCCUGAAAGCAUGGUUUAUAAGACCAGCAGCAUCAGUAUUACCUGUAAGCCUGUGAAAGAUACUGAAUAUUGGGCACCUUCUUAGGCUGACUCCUAGACUAGUGAUUUUCAACCAGUUUGCCGUGAGAGGAUCUUAGGUGUGCUGUGAAAAUUCUUAAAGAUCAUUUUAAAUUAUUUUCAAAAGAAGUUCAAAGCACAGGUAGGAACCUGGGACACCAGAACGUAUGUAUCCUUUGGCAGUUGAUUGCACUCUGCACUACAGACAAAUCCGGGAAUGAUAUAUUCUUGGGCUCUAUUUCUCUACCCUGGAAUUCAUCCAGUUCCUUCCAGAAACAUUGACCCUCUGCUUAUUCUGACACAUCCUCAGUGAAGGUCUGAUGGACAGACCCUUUCUGUUGACCUUGCAGCUUGAUUCUUUCAUGUGCAAGUUGGAAGACAAGGUGAAAGGGGCCAGAAGUUACCUGCUUUGGUGAAUACAAGUGCUCCACUUGGUUCUCAGAACAUGGGCCCUCGCUUAAAGCUGCAGCUGUGAUCCUCGGCUGUCUGUCGGCAUUGAAGGGACCUGAUGUUUUACGUUAUUGGUGGAAUCACAGUAUCUGUGGUUGCAUUCUUCUUCACAAUUAAGUUCCUCUUUGAACUUGCCGCACGUGUAGUCAGCUUCCUCCAGAAUGAGGACCGUGAGCGUCGAGGGGACCGGACUAUUUAUGACUAUGUGCGAGGAAAUUACCUGGAUCCCCGGUCUUGCAAAGUCUCCUGGGAUUGGAAGGACCCUUAUGAGGUGGGCCACAGCAUGGCCUUCCGAGUGCAUUUAUUCUAUAAGAAUGGGCAGCCCUUCCCUGCACAUCGGCCUGUGGGACUAAGAGUUCACAUCUCUCAUGUUGAGCUAGCGGUGGAAAUCCCAGUAACUCAGGAAGUCCUUCAGGAGCCCAAUUCCAAUGUAGUGAAGGUGGCCUUCACUGUGCGCAAGGCUGGGCGUUAUGAAAUUACAGUGAAGCUUGGUGGAUUAAAUGUGGCCUAUAGUCCCUACUACAAAAUUUUUCAGCCUGGAAUGGUGGUUCCUUCCAAGACCAAAAUUGUGUGCCAUUUUUCAACUCUUGUGUUGACCUGUGGGCAACCACACACUCUACAAAUAGUGCCCCGAGAUGAGUAUGACAACCCUACCAACAAUUCCACAUCUUUGAGAGAUGAGCACAAUUACAGUCUGUCCAUUCAUGAGCUUGGCCCUCAAGAAGAAGAGAGUACUGGUGUCUCAUUUGAUAAGUCAGUUACGUCCAACAGGCAGACUUGCCAGGUGUUUUUGAGACUCACCCUGCAUUCUCGUGGCUGCUUCCAUGCCUGCAUUUCAUAUCAAAAUCAGCAAAUCAAUAAUGGCGAAUUUGACAUUAUUGUUCUAAGUGAGAACGAGAGGAAUAUUGUUGAACGCAAUGUGUCCACCUCAGGUGUGAGCAUUUACUUUGAAGCUUAUCUUUAUAAUACCAACUGUACCAGCACUCCUUGGCACCUUCCACCCAUGCACAUGAGCUCUUCCCAGCGUCGACCCUCCACAGCUAUCGAGGAGGAAGAUGAAGACUCGCCCUCUGAAUGCCACACCCCCGAAAAAGUGAAGAAACCGAAGAAGGUGUAUUGCUAUGUGUCACCAAAGCAAUUCUCAGUGAAGGAGUUCUACCUGAAAAUUAUUCCCUGGCGCCUUUACACCUUCCGAGUAUGCCCAGGAACAAAAUUUUCUUACCUUGGCCCUGACCCUGUCCAUAAACUCCUCACAUUGGUAGUAGAUGAUGGCAUUCAGCCUCCUGUGGAGCUCAGUUGUAAGGAGAGGAACAUUCUAGCCGCCACUUUCAUCUGCUCCCUCCAUAAGAAUAUAGGAGGCUCUGAGACCUUUCAAGACAAGGUGAACUUUUUCCAGCGAGAGCUUCGGCAGGUACAUAUGAAAAGACCACAUUCCAAAGUCACCCUGAAGGUCAGCAGACACGCCUUACUGGAAUCGUCUCUGAAAGCCACUCGGAAUUUCUCUAUCUCAGAUUGGAGCAAGAACUUUGAAGUGGUUUUCCAGGAUGAAGAAGCUCUGGACUGGGGAGGGCCUCGGCGUGAAUGGUUUGAGCUAAUCUGCAAAGUCCUAUUUGACACCACCAGUCAGCUCUUCACCCGGUUCAGUGACAACAACCAAGCAUUAGUGCAUCCCAACCCUAAUCGCCCUGCUCAUCUGCGUCUGAAGAUGUAUGAGUUUGCAGGGCGGCUUGUUGGCAAGUGUCUUUAUGAGUCUUCUCUAGGAGGAGCCUACAAGCAGUUGGUUCGAGCUCGCUUCACCCGUUCUUUCCUGGCCCAAAUCAUAGGACUGCGUAUGCAUUACAAGUACUUUGAAACAGAUGACCCAGAAUUCUACAAAUCUAAAGUUUGUUUUAUCCUCAACAAUGAUAUGAGUGAGAUGGAGCUGGUCUUUGCAGAAGAGAAAUAUAACAAAUCAGGUCAAUUAGAUAAGGUUGUAGAACUCAUGACUGGUGGAGCCCAAACCCCAGUAACCAAUGCAAAUAAAAUCUUCUAUUUAAAUUUGCUGGCCCAGUAUCGGCUGGCCAGUCAAGUGAAAGAGGAAGUGGAACAUUUCCUAAAAGGCCUGAAUGAGUUGGUCCCUGAAAACCUGUUGGCUAUUUUUGAUGAGAAUGAACUCGAGCUGCUGAUGUGUGGGACUGGAGACAUCAGUGUAUCUGAUUUUAAAGCCCAUGCAGUGGUUGUUGGUGGCUCAUGGCAUUUCAGAGAAAAGGUCAUGAGGUGGUUUUGGACUGUGGUCUCCAGUUUGACCCAGGAGGAGUUGGCUCGGCUACUUCAGUUCACAACAGGCUCCUCUCAGCUACCACCUGGAGGCUUCGCCGCCCUCUGUCCCUCAUUUCAAAUAAUUGCUGCUCCAACCCAUAGCACGCUACCUACUGCACACACGUGUUUUAACCAGCUGUGCCUCCCUACAUAUGAUUCCUAUGAAGAGGUGCACAGGAUGCUGCAGCUGGCCAUCAGCGAGGGUUGUGAGGGCUUUGGCAUGCUCUGACCACUCUCCUGCCGUCCACUUGGCUCUCAUGCUCUCUGGAGCAUCCAAGCACACAUUACAGACAUCGUAACCACUGGCUCUAACACUCAUAACCAUCAGCCAGAAGAUGCCGCAUGUUCUCCUGUGUUUGGAGUAUUUUGUCACCUACAAGCCUUGUCCUUACCUCACCCCCUCCCCGCCCAUGUCCACCACAGGCCACUUUGGUAUGGUACAUAAACUGAGCUCUCCAUUCAGUUAUGAGAAGAGGACUGCACCAUUGUCAUUUCAUUUGGUUGCUUGAAGAACUCAGUAGCUGAGAGAGCUUACACACGGAGCUUGGCUGUGUUGGGAAGCUGCUGUGCAGUGAGCCUUAAAUCCACACCUUGCUCCACCUCCCUCUACAGAUGCCUCUUUGGCCCUCACUACUUAACCAGACUGGUACAUGAGUCCUUCUUGUGGGUGGGAUGAUCGCCUCUCCUAAUCAGGAGCCAGGAGAGGCACAGAUAGGAAGUGGCCCACAUGAGCAGUCUUUGGUGUUGUACCCCUGCACAAUGGCAGGCACAGGCUGUGGCACUGGACUGCCUCUAAUGAGGACUGAUAGCACAAAAGGUUCUUUUUUUUGUGGUGUCAGAACUGGAAAAGGCAUUUUCCCUUCAGACGUUUCUGGAAAUGAUUAUUAACCAUGAAGCAGAACUCUCUAAGCUUUUUCUUGAAUUUUAGCCAGUGAGAAAAGCAGAUAGACUGAAGAAUGUGAAGGAUAGCUGAGCCGUGGCCUCCAGUGCUUACUCUGAUUCUCUUUUAGGGUUAAGGGUCAUGUCUAGGCACUUGACUACUGGAUGCUUUUCCCUUAGUUUGUCCCUUGGGCUGAGGUGUGGCUGUGCAGGGCUACUGACCUCCAAGUUAGGUGGUCUGCGAAGAACUGAUGACUCUUUAGAGUUCUAAAGAAACUUUUGUAGCAAAGGAUUGAAACAGUAAGAAUAGCUCACCACCAAUCCCUGAUUCUGUCUGUGCUUGGCAUACUCCGGUGGCACUAAGACAAAGGAAUGGGGAUCGGGAGUUUAAGCUCUUAUCACAGGUCCCAGGGUUAGGACACUGGGGACAGAUGAUCUGUUGGACAGUAAACAUCUGGCCAUCCCCCAUACAUGUACUUCCCUUUACUCCAUCAGUUACCAGGAAGGAGAACUAAGGAGAGAGGAAGCUGGACUAGGUUCCCCAUGGAGUGGUGAUUGAAGAGUACCUGCUGCUGUCUCUUGGAAGAUGACAACACCCUUUUCAUUACUGUUUUAAUGAAAACAAUUUAAAGCCUCAAAAUAUUAUUGACAUCCCAGAUUUCUGUUUUCAAGAAGGCUUUGUUGCAAGCUACCAUUCCCAAUGGGGCCCUCAUCUCUGAGAAUGUUACAAGCCAUCUUUAUUGCCAAAACCAGCAAGUACACAGAGUCCUGAGACAAGGCAGAACUUGUGGCAAUGCCUUGGCCUCCUGGAAGCAUGUCUGAGCCCUCCUGUUCCCAGGGAUCAUAUGAAACAAGCCCUCCUGAGCUGCUGCAGUUCCUGCCUGACCUCGCCCCUUUGCAGUUGUCAUUUGUCCUUUCUUGGCGUGGGUGCUGACCUCACCUGUCCUUGGGUCUGGGAUCUGGCAGCAAGAUCUCUAUACCCCUGGAUCCUCCAUGCCACAUGGUCACUGCUCUCCUCAGGGACCAGGACAAGGUGCUGCUGCUUGCCCAAAUUUUUUUUUCCCAUGGGAUAUGUACAGGAAAGCUUAGUUAUCACCCUGGGAAACAUGAUGCUGCCCCUUAGGCCCAGAUAUGGGUUUCCAGCUGGGGGCAUAUGGGCUGGUUCUGCUGUUUUUGGCAGUUUUUCCUCAUCUGGAUUUUGCAUUCUCCCCUCCGGCAGCCCUCCAGAGAUUGAUGCUGGAGAUUGAGUUGAUUGUCUUGGCUAGAUCUAUCGUUUUAAGCUCUAGUCACAGCACUUUUUCAGAGCAUCCUAGGCACCAUGGCAGCCCAAAUGAGGCAGCUGCGUUCGGAAUAUUUGUUUAACAAAAUCCUUUGGUACUGUUGUGGUUUUCUAUUCUUCCAUUAUUGUCUGUGUCUCCUAAUUCUAUUCAAAAGUAUCUUUGCUCUUUUUAGCUUUCCUUUUACUUUUUCUCUAAUCCUGCUUUGGUACUAGCCAGUGUGGGAAAAAUGUACACUGUGUCAGAGAGCAGGGAGGGUUUGCUAUUUUGGGGGGGCAAUUUUCUAUUCAUGUUUCUUAUUUGGCCAGUUACUUUAUUUAUGCUCUUAUGGCCCAGGCACUUGGAGUGUCAGCUACCCUUCUGGCCAUUUGGGGUCUUUGAAGAAGACCAGGUAUCAACUGAACAGUCAGGAGAGUGUUGGCACAUUUCUGGAAAUUCAGAGCCAGACAGUUGCAGCUGAUGAUGUAAAUAUUGUGUACAGUGAAUAAAUAAAUGUUUAAAAGAAGAACCAAGGAGCAAGUGGCUGCUUAAGUGGAGAUUCACAGCUUAAAUGAAAGUGUGUGUGGGAGGGAAGGUUUAAAAAUGUUUUUGGAUUCCCUAAGACAGCAGUUCUCAAUCUGUGGGUUGCUACCCCUUUUAACUGUAUUAAAGGUGCACGGCAUUAGGAAGGUUGAGAACCACUGCCCUAGGAGUUCCUCCAGACUACUACUGGUCAGCUCAGGGUAGAGCAGACCUGGAGACUUGGCCUGUUCCAUCUUUGCCCUUUCACUCUUCUUUGAUUCCCAUCCAUGGUGUCAGUCAGGACCACUAUGCUGUACUGCCCAUGGGGUGGGGAUGGCAGGGGACAAGUGUUUGUUCUCAGCUCCUGAAGAAGAAACUAGUUUGGCAAGAGCAGAGGAUAAUUUUUCUUACCAAUCUUUCAACAUUCGUUUGUUGUUUUACUACCUAAGAAAUUCAAUAUAGGAAAUUUGGAAAUAAUGGGUUGAGCACUGUGGCUAACACCUGUAAACCUAGGACUUUGGAAGGCUGAAGCAGAGGAUCACUAGAGGCCAGGGAUUCGAGAUAAGCCUGUGCAAGAGUGAGACCCUAUCUCUAUAAAAAUUAGAAAGAUUAGCUAGGCAUGGCAGGGGGCGCCUGAAGUCCCAGCUACUCAGGAGGCUGAGGCAAGAGGAUUUCAUGAGCCCAGGACUUUGAGGUUGCUGUGAGCUAUGGUAACACCACUGCACUCUAGCCCAGGCAACAGAGCAAGACCCUGUCUCAAAGAAACAAAACAUGGCGGGUGUCUGUGAUCCCAGCUACUCGGGAGGCUGAGGCAAGAGAAUCACCUAAGCCCAGGAGUUGGAGGUUGCUGUGAGCUGUGAUGCCACAGCACUGUACCAAGGACGACAAAGUGAGACUCUGUCUCUAAAAAAAAAAAGAAAGAAAAGAAACAAAACAAAAAAACAAUAAAAUUCUAUCCUAAUUGUACAUUUUUGGUUAUUUAUGUUCCUACAUCUUUUAUACUUGCUGCUGUUGUGGCUUUGAAUAGGGCACUAUAAAAAUUAAUCAUUGAUUUCAGCCCAUCAUGAAGUCCUUCUUAAGACUCAAGAGGAUGGCUAGAUUGUCCUUCAAUCUGUACAUGAAAUACUACCUUCAGCCUCUCGCACACUAUUGCUUCUGAGCCGUUGCAGAAGGAGCUUUCAACCUUUUGUCUAGCCACUCUUCUUCUAGGGCCCUGAUAGAGGUUCUCCAGCAAGUGGCUUCAACCCUAAGGACUCCUUCCCUCUACUUUGGCUUAACUUAGACCUUCAAGCGUAAUAGACGAGUUCCAGACCCCUUGUAAUAUUUCUAUUACAAGAUUCUAAAAUUCCCCUUUUAUUUUGAGAUGUAAAAUGUACAAAAGGGUACAUAUAAAGCAUGUACAAUUUAUGGAAAUGCAUAUUCAAGUCAAACAUUGCAGCACCCAAGAGUGCAGUCCCAUCCCAUCCCUCUGCAGUAACUAUUACCCUGACUUCUAUGGCAAUUAUUUCACCAAUCCCCUUUUCAGAUGCCUAUUCCCGAAAUAACAGUGGAGAGGGAGAAAUUUGCGUAUACAGUCUCUUGAUAAGAUUCUAACCAAGACUAGUUUCUCCAUAGUAAUUACUAGACCUCACAAUUAGUUUGAAAAGUUCUGAGACCAGUGUUGUCCCAUGAGAAUCUGGUCUAGACACCUGCAAGGUAGGUUUUGUUUUCUCUUUUUACACAAGAUACAGUUGAGGAAGAGGAUGAGUAACUAGGUUCCUUAGCUAGUACGUGAUAGAGCUGUAUUGGAACGUAGGUCUGUUUCGUGUCAAAGCCCAAACCACAUUUCUAGUUUGUCUCCAGCAGAUUAGACAAAGAAACAGCCCAGACAUUGGGCCACCAUGCUUGCUGACUCUGCAUAAUGUUUCCUUGGUAAUGCUGUGUGUGACAGAUGACUACUUUAUCUCUUGGUUUACCUGUCACUUGGGGAUUUGGAACCUAUGGGAAGAAGCUCCUACCCUUCUAGGGUAAAAAGAUUUGAAGAGAUGCAGCUGUCAGUGGCUUUAAAAUCUUGCAUGUAGAAAAUUCUAGAGAGGGCGGCACUUGUGGCUCAGUGAGUAGGGCACCGGCCCCAUAUACCGAGGGUGACGGGUUUGAACCCGACCCUGGCCAAACUGCAACAAAAAAAAUAGCCAGGCGUUGUGGUGGGCGCCUGUAGUCCCAGCUACUCCGGAGGCUGAGGCAAGAGAAUCGCCUAAGCCCAGGAGUUGGAGGUUGCUGUGAGUUGUGACGCCACAGCUCUCUACUGAGGGUGACAAAGGAAGACUGUCUCAAAAA